CAAGAAAGCAGGAGGAGGUGUCUCAGCUGAUUGGCAGCUUCUCCCAGCCCCCAAUCUCCGCCUGCCCCAGGUGACCUUUUCCCCAGAUCCCAGGGUCCAGGCACACCCCUGCCGGGAGGUGCGGAGAACAGCGACAGCUGGGAUUGGUCAGAGCCAGUGGGGGCGUGUCCCAGGCUCCGCCAGCCCGGGUGGCUGAGCAGAGCAGGUGGACUCCCGAGAUAGACCAGGAGCCACCCGGCCUACCCGACUGGGACCUCUGCCCUCCAGGCAUGGCCCCAGGCCCCCUUGGUCCCCAGCCCUGUGGCCGUGCAGGGGUGCGGACAGCCUAAGUGCCACCACCCCAGGGCCUGUGCCCAUGUCCCUGACCCGGGCACAGCCGGCCUCAGGAACAGAGGCCAUGGAGACGGUUGCCCCAGCUGUGGACCUGGUGCUGGGCGCCUCGGCCUGUUGCCUGGCCUGCGUCUUCACCAACCCCCUAGAGGUGGUGAAGACGAGGCUGCAGCUGCAGGGGGAGCUGCAGGCCCGUGGCACCUACCCACGGCCCUACAGGGGCUUUUUGGCCUCCGUGGCAGCUGUGGUCCGAGCAGACGGGCUGUGUGGCCUGCAGAAGGGGCUGGCCGCCGGCCUCCUUUACCAGGGCCUGAUGAAUGGCGUCCGCUUCUACUGCUACAGCCUGGCGGGCCAGGCUGGCCUCACCCAGCAGCCUGGUGGCACCGUGGUUGCGGGCGCCGUGGCUGGGGCACUGGGAGCCUUUGUGGGGAGCCCUGCUUACUUGGUCAAAACGCAGCUGCAGGCCCAGACGGUGGCCGCGAUGGCCGUGGGGCACCAGCACCAUCACCAGAGUGUUCUGGGUGCCUUGGAGACCGUCUGGCGGCAGCAGGGCCUGGCAGGGCUGUGGCGGGGCGUGGGUGGGGCCGUGCCCAGAGUCAUGGUCGGCUCAGCGGCCCAGCUGGCCACCUUUGCCUCUGCCAAGGCCUGGGUGCAGGAGCAGCAGUGGCUCCCGGAAGACAGCUGGCUGGUAGCCUUGGCUGGAGGCAUGAUCAGCAGCGUCGCCGUGGCUGCCGUCAUGACCCCCUUCGACGUGGUCAGCACCCGGCUCUACAAUCAGCCCGUGGAUGGAACUGGCAGAGGCCAGCUGUAUGGUGGACUUGCCGACUGCCUGGUGAAGAUCUGGCGGCAGGAGGGCCCCCUGGCACUCUAUAAGGGUCUGGGCCCGGCCUACCUGCGCCUGGGCCCCCACACCAUCCUCAGCAUGCUCUUCUGGGAUGAGCUCCGGAAACUGGCCGCGCGGGGCCAGCGCCAGGGCACCUAGGCAGCAUCCGUCAUCCCCGUAUCCUGACACAGCCCGGGACCUGGCGGGAAGCGACGGCCCGCUCCGGCUGGCAAUGGCCGUCUCAGAGCAGGCCACAGGCCCAGACCCUGCCACACGUCCGAGGAGAGUGUGGACAGCUCUGGUCAACCGAGACCCCUGGCCCACUCAGGGCCUGAGCCUCUGCCCUGGAUCACCAGGCACUCUGUUCUCCCGCAAGUUCUCUUCCCUCUCUGCCUGGGUUACCUCAUCCCCGAGCCUUACCCGUGAUUACACAACCACUCCGGGGCAUGACCGUCACCACGAGCUGGGUCACUCACAUGCAUCAGCUUGCUUAGUCCUCAAACAGGACGAGACAAUGAAAUCCUCUCUUACCAAGAGGAAGCUGAGGCUCAGCAAGGUGAAGUGCUUUGACCAAAGCCACACAGCUCUGAAGGGACGGAACCAGGACUGGAUCUUAGCUCUGCCCAGUGCAGACUGGUGCCCCUGGCAGGAGCCAGGACCCGGGGGCUGGAGGGCCCCUGAGUGUCACUAGUCAUGGGGA